AAUUAUUUUUAUUAACAGUCGGAGAAGCACAAUUUUGGCGUCGGGAAGAAGCAUUCGUGCCAGCCGAGAAAAAACGCACUCCUUCGACGGUGGAAUCCGCGAUCGCCGUCUUCUCUUCCCAAACCCCAAACCUAAUCUCUUCUCCCCCCUGCUCUCUUGUUCGAUCUGGUCGUGGAGAGCUGCAAAACUCCAGCGGAAGGAGGAGGAAGGGCGGGAGCUUCUCCGAUCGCGGCGGCGGAUGGCGGCGGCGGCGAAGAUCGACGGCCAGGAGAAGGUGAUAGCGGCAGCGCAGCAUAUCGUCAAGAGCCUCGCCACCUCCAAGAACGCGGCCGAGGACAUGAUCCGCAUCCUCUCCGGCUUCGACAACCGCCUCUCCAUCAUGAACGACGGCCUCUUCCCCCCCGCCCCCGACGCCGCCUCCGGAGACGAGCCCUCCGAGGCCGAGACCCGCCUCGAAGCCGCCGAGAAGCUCCUCCUCCGCUGGGACACCUCCUCCUGCGACUCCCUCCUCUGGGAGGCGCCUCCUGAGGAGAUCGCCGAGUUCGUCGCUGCGGCUGACGAGGUAAUCUCCCUUGUCGCCGACCCCCAGACGUUCCCUUCCUCCGCCGCCGGCGGCGACCUCCUUUGUCGCGCCGAGAGCGCGCUCCAGAUCGCCAUGUCCCGCCUCGAGGAGGAGUUCCGCUACCUCAUGAUCCAGAACACCGUCCCUCUCAACGCCGACGGCCUCUACGGCUCCAUCCGCCGGGUUUCUCUUUCCUUCACCUCCGACAGCGGCGAGAACAUCGAGGACUUCGAGAGCUCCGUCGAGGAGGAGCAGCAGCAGCAACAGCCGCAGCAGCAGGAGGGCAGUCCCGAGCACAGGGCUGGCAGCAGCCUCUUGGACGAUCGGAGCGUGGAUCUGAUCCGCCCGGAAGCCAUUUCCUGUCUGAAAGAGAUCGCCGACCGCAUGAUCUGGGCCGAUUAUGGGAGGGAGCUCCACCAGGUCUACUGCACAGUCCGGCGUGACAUCCUUGAUGAGUGCCUCUCCAUUCUAGGGGUUGACCGGAUGAGCAUCGAGGAGGUGCAGAGGAUGGAAUGGCGGAUGCUCGAUGAUAAGAUGAAGAAGUGGAUUCAGGCUGUCAAGAUCGUUGUCAGGGUUCUUCUCACGGAGGAGAAGCGGCUCUGCGACCAGAUUUUUGCUGCUUGUGAAGCGCUAAGGGAGGAAUGCUUCACAGAGACUGCCAAGGGUUGUGUCAUGCAGCUGCUUAACUUUGGGGAUGCCAUUGCUAUCUGUCAGAGAUCUUCAGAGAAGCUUUUCAGGAUACUGGACAUGUAUGAAGCUCUUGCUGAUGUGAUGCCCGACCUGCAGGCCUUGUUCUCAGCAGAUUCGAGGGAGCUUAUAUGUGGUGAAGCCGAGGGGAUUCUGAAGAGAUUGGGAGAUGCUGUGAGGGGCACUCUUUUGGAGUUUGAGAAUGCAGUUCAGCGAGAGACAUCUCGGAAGCCAAUGCAGGGAGGUGAGAUACAUCCCUUGACACGCUAUGUGAUGAAUUAUAUGAGACUGCUAGUUGUUUAUGGUGACACAUUGGAUUUGCUUCUGGAUGAUGGUGGAAUGGGGGAUUUUUCUGACAAGGAUCGUUCUGAAAGGGGUGAGAGUGAUGAUAGCAGGUAUUUGGGGAGCAUGACUCCAUUGGGCAGACGUUUACUAGUGUUGAUGUCCUAUUUGGAGUCCAAUGUUGAAGAAAAAUCUAAACUUUAUGAAGAUGGUGCGAUGCAAUACAUAUUUUUGAUGAAUAAUAUACUUUAUAUAGUUCAGAAAGUGAAGGAUUCUGAGCUUGGGAGACUUUUAGGAGACCGCUGGAUACGUAAUCACCGUAGCCAAAUUCGCCAGUGUGCCACUUGCUACCUUAGAACUUCCUGGACCAAAGUGUUGUCUUGUCUAAAGGAUGAUGGAUUUGGAAGCGGAAGUGGGAGCUCUAACAGUGUUUCCAAGAUGGCUCUCAAGGAAAGGUUCAAGAGUUUUAACUUGGCAUUUGAAGAAAUAUAUAGGGUCCAGACAACUUGGAAGGUUCCGGAUCCCCAGCUGAGAGAAGAACUGAGAAUAUCUAUAUCAGAGAAGGUCAUCCCUGCAUACCGCUCAUUUAUGGGAAGGUUUGGUGGUCAACUGGAGGGUGGGAGGAAUGCCGCAAAGUACAUCAAGUACACUCCAGAGGAUUUGGAGAACCAUCUGCUGGAUUUGUUCGAAGGGUUGCCUGGACCAGCAAACCACCCAAGGAGAAAAUCUUAGUUGGUGACGGGUUUCUGGUCUCUGACAUCAUCGUCAUUUACUGAAGAUGCUCAUAUACUAUCACUCCAAAAUGUACAUACAGAUGGUAUCGCAUUAAGUAGCGGAAGCAGUGACAACUUGAAGGCACAGAUGGUAUAGCAUUCUAAAAGAAAAGAAGGAAUCAACUAAAGUAGAUUUCUAAUGAAGGACAUGUCCUUUGUUUUUCACCAUUGAGCUUGCUAGUCCAGUUGGGAAGAGUUCGGUCAUGAGAUUGAUAGUAUGGUGUGGAGGCUCGGUUUACUGGUUGAACAGUCGGUCAUUUUGUUCUUUCUAAAGCAUCCAAAGGACGGUAAUGGUCAAUGAGAUCCAGCCUGUUGACAAGAUGGAGUGCAAUGUGACAGCAAGCAGAUGGAUUUUAUAUUGAUAGGCUUGUAUUUUAUGCAUAAACACUGUUGAAAAGUGUUCAGACUUCCAUAGCAUACUGGCAGGUGAGAAAGAGGCGUGAAUGUGUCUUCUGGUGAAAAUUGCAGACGACACAUAUAUGAACUAUUGACAGGCUUGUAUUAUAUGCCUCAACACUGCUGUAAAGCAUUCCAGACUUCGUAUACUGGCAGGUCAGGAAGAGGUGAGUUUUUCUCAUGGUGGCGAUUAUCGAGGGCACACUUU